AUGGCUCCCCUCUGGAAGUCCAUGCUGUCCCAGAGCAGCCCGCUGUACCGGGCCUCGCUGUACUCCUUCUCCCUGUGGGAGUGGAGGGCCCAGGAGAGGGAGCUGGCCCUGCUGAAGAGGCACUCGGACAGGGAGAGGACCAGCGCACUCACACAGCUGGACAAGCUCAGUAAGGAGCUCCAGCAGAAGGACAAGGUCAUCGAGUCUCUGCGGGCCAAGCUGGAUCAGCAGCAGUCCCAUCACUACGGCAACCAGCGCUCUGACACGCCCUGCAGCAGCCACGCCCUCUCCGACACCACCACCGGGUCCGACCAAUCGGAUCGCAUCUCCUAUGUGUCCGAUGAGCGGGGCUCCACCAAUGAGGACCUGGAGCUCAGCUCGGAGAUGGACGCGGCCAGUGAGUUCGGUCCAGAGGGACGGGGGGCGUCGGCCAGAUCCAGCACAGGAUGCCCGUCCCGGUCGGAGGCCAUGUCCCACCAUCCGUCUGCCCCCCCGUCCCACGCGUCCUCUCACAGAGCGUUUUCCUCCUUCAGCUCUCCCAGCAUGCACUGGGCUCUGCACAAGGCUGCCAGCUCCCACAGCCAGACAGGCUCCUCCUACGCCCCCCCCCUGGCCCUCCAGAGGACUCCUCUGCUGGGGCCCCCCCUCGACCCCUCCGGCUUCCCGCCCCUCUGUUACCACGGCCUGCUGCCUGCCCCGCUGGGCGGCCCCGCCCACCUGGCGGCCGGCCCCGGCGCCAUGCAGGCGGAGGCAGGCCUGCUGGAGGGCAGUGCAUUGUGGGACAUGAGCUACGGCGGCCUCGCCAUGAGGGCGGCGCCGGACCUGUCAUCGGGGUCGUCCGGCUACCAAUCAGGCACCAGCCACACAGGCUCAGAGCUGAUGAAAGAGCAUCUGAGGGAGAUCCGCAGCCUGAGGCAGCGUCUGGAGGACUCCAUCCAGACCAACGACCGCCUCCGGCAGCAGCUGGAGGAGAGGCUGGCCCUCGCCGCCAGAGAGAAGGGCGCUCCUACCAACAUCUACAUCCAGGGACUGGACUCCCUGGGUCAGCUCUCUGGGGAGCUGCGGCAGCUGAAGGAGGAGAACCUGGGCCUGCAGGGCCGGCUGCAGCAGGCCAGCCGAGAUGGCGGCCUGGAGGCGGAGCGUCUGCAGGAGGCUGCCCUAUUGGCCAAGGCAAGAGUCAAGGAGGCGGAGCUAGAGGCGGAGCGCUUGGCGGAGCAGAAUAGGAAGCUGCAGAUGGACGCCCAAAGCACCAGCCUGGAGGUCGGCCAGCUGAAACAGGACAAGCAGACCAGCAUAGAGGCCAUCAACAGGCUGCAGCAUGAGGUGUGUGUUCUCCAGCAGCAGCUGAGCGAGGACCGGGCUCUGGCCCGCUCCCUGCAGGGUGAGCUCCAGGUGUACCAGCGAGGGGGGGGAGCCCCCCGGACCCCCCACCCAGUGGGUCAAGCUGUUUCCCAGUCUGGAGACUGCUCCAUGACCUAUGACCCCAAAGAACUGCACAUUCAUCUGUCGCCUCACCUCGCUGAACCGGCUGACCCUCCCCCCCACGCCCGGAGACAACUGUUCCACGCAGAGGGGGUUCUCUCUCCUCCUGUGAAGGACACAUGCUUCUUCAGUCCUUCCUCCUCGGGCUCCUCACCUGCCCCGGCACCGACUGAAGGACCUGCUGACAGUGGUGUUCUGCAGGGCCAGGCCCCUGACGGUUCCUUCGCCAGCCCCCACGGCCGCCACGUGGUGGGCCAUGUGGACGACUUCAAGGCCCUGCAGCAGCAGGUUCUGGAGGGCAGCGCCUUGCUGCGCAGCACGGAGUCCACCCUGGAGGCGUUGAGCCGCCCCGUGCCGCUCAGGGACCGGGUGAGUUCAGCCAGGGGGAACACGCACUUCAGUAUAAACUCCAACAACCUUUCCCUAGAAUAUAAAACACGAUUAUAACAAUCACAUCAUUCAAAAAACCAUACAAAGUGAAGGAACAAAGU